AUGAGUGUCGUGGGAAGCUUAGGUCUCCUCAACAACUAUGAUCGCUCAGCGGAAAUGGCAGGCGCUCCCUCGCCCACAAGGGUCCGUCGCCACUCUUUCUUCCACAAUGAGGAGAGACAGAUUCCAGAACCAUUUCCUGCUACUCGACAACGUACACGGUCUACAUCAAAACCAAUUGGAGAUGGUGGAGACUCAACCGCUGUGCCUACUCCUGACAUGAGCAGAGCUGCAUCGGGUGAGCGACCGCUUGCCGAGAAGCUCGACGAUCGAAGCUCUUCUGAUGAGGAAGGUAACGCCCACGUGAGAGAGCUUGCACGCCAAUAUACCCGCCAGUCGAUAGCAAGCCAGAGCGCCGACACGGAUGUAUUCCACGCCGAACCUGAUAGCGAGCUCGACCCAAACUCUGACAAUUUCAAACCAAGGAAAUGGACAAAGGCAAUGUUGAACAUGCGCCAAAAAAGCGAAGGCUUUGUCGAGCGGACAGCUGGUGUCUCUUUCAAAAACAUGAGCGCCUGGGGUCAAGCUAGCGAGGCCGACUACCAGUCCAGUGUUGGUAACGUCUGGCUUCAGGUGGCAGGCACAGCUCGAGAUCUUCUUGCUCGCAGAAAGAAGCGCAAGAUCGAUAUCUUGCAGGGUCUGGAUGGUCUUGUCAAGCCAGGUGAGCUGCUGGUCGUCCUCGGCCCUCCGGGUUCAGGAUGCUCUACCUUCUUGAAAACACUCACAGGCGAAACCAAUGGUUUCAACGUGGGUCAGGAAUCCGAAAUCAACUACACAGGUAUCAGCUACGACGAGAUGCACAAGUACUUCCGUGGCGAAGCCAUAUACACCGCCGAGCAAGACAUUCAUUUCCCUGCGAUGCUGGUGGGCGACACUCUCUACUUCGCCGCCAGAGCUCGUGCGCCGCGCAAUCUCCCUGGCAACGUUGGUAAAAAGCAGUAUGCCGAGCACUUGCGAGAUGUGAUUAUGGCAACCUUUGGUAUCAGGCAUACAAUCAACACGAAAGUUGGAAACGAAUUCGUCCGGGGUGUGUCAGGUGGUGAGCGCAAACGUGUCACUAUUGCUGAAGCCUGCCUUUCUGGUGCUCCUCUACAAGCAUGGGACAACUCAACCAGAGGUCUUGACAGCGCCAAUGCCAUUGAGUUUUGCAAAACUCUGCGCGUCGAGUGUGAGGUGUCAAAUGUAGCAGCCAUGGUAGCUAUCUAUCAGGCUCCUCAGGCAGCUUACGAGAUCUUCGACAAGGCCAUCGUCCUGUACGAGGGUCGUCAAAUAUUCUUCGGUGGCGCUCAACAAGCAAAGCGAUAUUUCGAAAAGCUAGGCUUCGACUGCCCUCCACGACAAACUGAUGCUGAUUUCUUGACAUCGAUGACAAGCCCUGUCGAACGAGUCGUCAGGAAGGGAUACGAGAACAAGGUACCACGAACCCCUGAUGAAUUCGCUGCUGCUUGGAAAGGUAGUGCCGAAUAUAAGACUCUUAUCGCUGAGAUCGACGCCUACAACAAAGAGCAUCCGGUUGGUGGUGAAGACGCUGCACGCUUCAAAGAGUCUCGAAAAGGCCAACAAGCCAAGCGUCAACGUUUGAAAUCACCCUUCACACUGUCUUACGGUCAACAGAUCCAGCUGUGCUUGUGGAGAGGUCUCAAGCGCCUGCAGGCAGACCCAAGUCUCACUUUUGUUCAGCUCUUCGGUAACUUCAUCAUGGCUCUGGUCAUCGGUUCGGUCUUCUAUAACUUGCAAGAUGUCACCUCGUCUUUUUUCUCCCGAGGUGCCUUGCUCUUCUUCGCCAUCCUCAUGAGUGCCUUUGGCUCGGCGCUGGAGAUUUUGACCCUGUAUGCACAGCGACCAAUCAUUGAGAAGCACGAACGUUAUGCUCUCUAUCAUCCAUCGGCCGAAGCUUAUGCCUCGAUGUUGACAGAUUUGCCGUACAAAAUUGGCAACGCUAUCACUUUCAACGUGGCACUUUACUUCAUGACAAAUUUGAGACGAGAGGCCGGCAGAUUUUUCUUCUUCCUGCUCAUCUCUUUCAUGCUUACACUAACCAUGAGUAUGAUGUUUCGCACGAUCGCCUCUGUCAGUCGCACCCUGCAGCAAGCACUCACACCAGCAGCUAUCCUGAUCUUGGCUAUUGUCAUCUAUACUGGUUUCGCUAUUCCCACACCAUAUAUGCUCGGAUGGUCCCGAUGGAUCAACUACCUCGAUCCAGUUGCCUAUGCCUUCGAGGCUCUUGUGGUCAACGAGUUUCAUAAUCGACUAUUCCAAUGCGAUCAAUUUGCACCAGGUUACGGCGAUUUGGCGAACAACAUAUGCGCAGUUCAAGGAGCAGUUGCAGGCCAGGAGACCGUUCUAGGCGAUGACUUUGUCGGCAUCUCCUACAGAUACUACAACAGUAACAAAUGGAGGAAUUUCGGUAUCCUGUGGGUCUUCAUGAUCGGUCUCGCCGUCAUCUACCUCAUUGCUGCUGAAAAAGUCUCUGCUAAGAAAUCGAAAGGUGAGAUUCUCGUCUUCCGCCGAGGCCACAUCCCUGAGCAACUUACAAAGAGCACUCCGGACGAUGCUGAAGCCGCUGGUUUGGCUGAAAAGACACCCAUGGACCGUGAGCAGGCUCAGGAGGACGCUGCGAACAUUAUCCAGCGCCAAGAAGCAAUCUUCCAGUGGCGUGACGUGUGCUACGACAUUAAGAUCAAAAGCGAAACUCGUCGUAUCCUCGAUCAUGUGGAUGGUUGGGUAAAGCCUGGUACUCUUACGGCUCUAAUGGGUGUCAGUGGAGCAGGCAAGACCACACUCCUGGAUGUUCUGGCUACUCGUGUGACGAUGGGAGUUAUAUCUGGCGAAAUGCUUGUCGAUGGUCGACCUCGAGAUGAAUCCUUCCAGCGCAAGACCGGUUAUGCUCAACAACAAGACCUUCAUUUGUCGACCUCGACUGUCCGAGAAGCUUUGGCUUUCAGUGCUUUACUCAGACAACCUGCUGCCAUACCAAGAGCCGAAAAGCUUCAAUACGUCGAGGAAGUCAUCAAACUGCUUGAAAUGGAACAAUAUGCCGAUGCUGUCGUGGGUAUCCUUGGAGAAGGCCUCAACGUUGAACAGAGAAAGCGUCUGACUAUAGGCGUGGAGCUAGCUGCGAAACCUGAACUACUGCUUUUCUUGGACGAACCUACUUCUGGCCUUGACUCUCAGACAUCGUGGUCGAUCUUGAAUUUACUCGAAAAGCUCACGAAAAACGGACAGGCUAUCCUUUGCACCAUCCAUCAACCGUCGGCUAUGCUCUUCCAGCGUUUCGAUCGUCUGCUCUUCCUUGCCAAGGGCGGAAAGACCGUCUAUUUCGGGGAUGUUGGAGAGGGCGCAAAGACUUUAACAAGUUAUUUCGAACGCAACGGUGCACAUCCUUGUGAGGAGAACCAGAACCCAAGUGAAUGGAUGCUCGAAGUCAUUGGCGCGGCUCCAGGUUCCAGCACCGAUAUCGACUGGUUUGAUACUUGGCGAAAUUCACCUGAAUACCGAAAAGUGCAAGAAGAACUUGAUACUCUGAAGCACGAGCGUCCCGGACUCAGUCGUGUGCAGACACGAUCGAAGGACAAAGCAAGUUAUCGCGAAUUUGCUGCUCCUUUCUGGCAACAAUAUAUUUGUGUUCAGCGACGUGUUUUCGAGCAAUACUGGCGUACACCAUCUUACAUCUACGCAAAAUGGGCACUUUGCACACUAAGCGGUUUGUUCAUCGGCUUCUCCUUCUUCCAAGCUGCAAAUACUCGACAAGGUCUUCAGAAUCAGCUAUUCGGACUUUUCCUGUUAUUCACGAUCUUUGGUCAAUUGGUCCAGCAGAUUAUGCCUCUCUUUGUUACUCAAAGAGCUCUCUACGAAGUGAGAGAGCGACCUUCGAAGACCUACUCGUGGAAGGCAUUCAUGUUGUCGAACAUUGUGGCUGAAUUGCCCUACAAUGCUAUUGCAGCAACGCUCCUCUUCUUUUGCUGGUAUUAUCCAAUUGGUCUCUACAACAACGCCGGAGAUGCAGUGACUGAGCGAGGUGCUCUAAUGUGGCUCUUCAUCUUGGCAUUCCUGUUCUUCGCCUCGACAUUUGCCCACAUGGUCAUUGCGGCGAUUGACACAGCUGAGUCUGGUGGCAAUAUUGCUAACCUCGCAUUCUCCUUAUGUUUGAUUUUCUGCGGUGUUCUCGCAGGACCAAGUCAGUUUCCUGGGUUCUGGAUCUUCAUGUACAGAGUUUCUCCAUUCACCUAUCUUGUCGAAGGUAUGUUGGCGACAGCUGUCAAGGAUGCCGCAGCUACUUGUCUUGACAUCGACUUUCUGCGAUUCCCUCCACCAGCCGACCAAACUUGCCAGUCUUACCUUGACCCCUACAUCACCCAAGCAGGAGGUUAUCUUCAACCAGGCACUGAGCAGUCCACAACCAAUUGCUCGUUCUGUCAACUCAGCUCUACAAACACCUUCCUCCAGUCCGUCAACAUCAAUCCCAAUAACGCUUGGCGCGAUUUUGGUAUCAUGUGGGCUUUCAUUAUCUUCAAUAUCUUUGCUGCUCUCGCACUAUACUGGCUUGUUCGCAUGCCCAAAGGCAAGAAGGACAAGGAGGAGAAGCAGACUACGCAGCCAACCACCUCAAAAUCCGGCCCAGAUGCUGAUGCGUCUGAUCUGGAAAAGGGCAACAGCUACAGCGAGGGAGCUGUGAUAAGUCAAGCUCAGGCUGGAAAGCACACAACAGCACCCCAACCUGUCGAGCAGGAGUUCCAGCCUAUCAAGGCACCCACCGACCAGGAGAAGUCCGGGCAGGAAUUCCUGCCAACCAAAGCACCUGUGGAUCUCGAGAAGGGCCACGAGGACAUGGUGUACCCGAAAGUUGUUGUAUAG